UUUUGUUACAGGAGUGUAGGGAAUCUCACAUUCAUCCAAACUAAGUUUAAUUGAGGCCACAUUUGAAAUUUCCUCUCUUCAUUUACCCAGUGGCGUCAGCAUCCAACAUUGGGCUCUUAUUUUGAAACCCAAACUCGCUCAGCCAAUCAGAUUACAGCCUUAUAUAACCGGAAGCGACGUUAUGAAAACAUUACAAGCGCGCUUCACGCGGUCACAGCUGCGAUUAAUGUUCAGUGGUUGGAAAACGUCAGUCGAUGUUAAAGGGAGUUUUGACACCUGCUCACCAGACAUGCUGAAAGCUGUGGGACAAGCUCUCUUCUCAAGUGGACUGCAGAAUCCCAAAUUCACAGCAGAGGAGAAAAAGGGAGAAGACUAUGAAAUCCGCACCUACCAUGCCACCAAGUGGGUGAGCACCUCUCUGAGUGGGAUGCAGCUGGAUGCAGCCAUGAACACUGGCUUCCGCAGGCUCUUCCGUUACAUCCAGGGCAACAAUCAAAACAAGGUCAAAGUGGAAAUGACGGCCCCCGUGACGUGCCGUGUCGACCCUGGAGCCGGCCCUGCAUGUGAAUCUCACUUCACUGUAUCCUUCUACAUCCCAGAGGAGCAUCAGGCCAGUCCCCCGGAGCCUAGUGACCCGGAGGUGUUUGUGGAGAACAGGAAAGAGUUCACAGCUUAUAUCAGGACAUACGGUGGUUUCUCCAAUGAGAAUAUGAAGCGUGAAGAGCUGCUGAAACUUCUGGAGAGCCUACAGAGGGACGGCGUCCCAUACGUCGACAAGCCGUUCUACACAGUUGGCUACGACAGCCCCUUCAAACUGACCAACCGCAGGAACGAGGUCUGGGUCCUCAAGAAGGAAGACAAGCAGUAGAGAGUUUUAAAGGUCUCACACACACACACACACACACACACACACACACACACACACACACACACACACACACACACACACACAGCAUGCGGCCCACUGCAACUUAAAAAUACUAGACUUUUAUGCGAUCAUCUCACAACACAUGAUAAAUUUCAGUUUUACAGCUCUUUUCAAUGAAGUAUGAUGAAUUAACUUUAAAGGUCACAUUAACGAGCACUGUUGAAUAUCUUUUUACUUUUUUGACUGUGAGUAAGUUUUGCAGUGAAUGCUUUGACUAAAAGUUACUGAAUUAGACUCUUUGUAAGUCUGGAUAAAGUGACCAAAUGCAUAGUAAAGUGCGCUCUAACAGGCCAUCAUCUAGCAUCCAUUAACCAAGUGGCCACAGUGGAGCAAUAUUUCCAGCAGAGGGAGCCAAGUAGUCAGAGGACAUGUCCCUCUUGGUGCAUUUCAUUAGGACAAAAACCUUAAGUGCCUCUUUUAAUGAAUGACUUGUUGAAAACACACUAAUUUUCAGUUUUUUUUUUUUUUGUGCACAUUGCUAACUUCUAUUUAUUCAGUGAUUCUCAAAGGGGAAAAAAAUACUUGAAAAUUCAGUUGUAUGGUAAAUAUGUUUUCAUUUAAAACAUAAUGUAACAAGAGUCUGCGAGAUGUAAAAAUAAAGGAUAAGUUUACAUUUUUCAUCUUUUGUAAUGCACUACUUACAUGCCUAUGUGUACAUUAAAGCCAUUAUUGGUCAAUCUCUUCUUACGAAGAGAGGGAUUGAUUUCAGUGACUUUUAACGUACAUGUGGGCCUGUGAGCAUUGCGAGCAACAUAGACCUGGCAAAAUUUGCGAAACGUGCUCUUUGUGGGAAGGUGGCUCUGCCUGACAAAAUGUUGGUCGAUGUCAGUUUAUCGGAUCCUACACCUCACCUAGCUGUCUCCGCUAUCACACCUGUUAUGAUGAACGGCUGAGUCACUGUUAAUCUAGACCAGUCACAUCACCGACAUUUCAUCAUCUAUCAUUUUUAUUUGCAGCAAACAGGUCUGUGAUGAAUUAAUGAGUGUGUAGUUACCUGGCUCUGAUCUACCAACAUUUCUUUGGUGCGUUGUGGGUGUAAGACAUCGGCAAAGAGCGACAGUUGCAAGCUAACAAACAUGCCAUUUUUUAUGCAUUAAAUCAAUCUUUAUAUUUUUAGCUCCUGAUGUAGUAGAAAUUGUGUUUUUAAUGUUGAAGAAGGGAUACUACAUGGUUCUUGACAUGGGAAAGAUGACUUAAGCACUGCACUGGGAAAUAUUACAUGCUUCUAAAUGAUGUGAAAGAAUGUUAAAUUUAGUAUCUCAUCAAUAAUAAAUAUAACUCAUC